AUGAAUGUCCAGAUAUUCCAGAGACAGAGAACAGAGAACUGCCAGAUCCUGGAUGGGGAGACCUGGCUGGGCUGGGAGUGGGUGGUGGCUGCUGGCUGGGGGGGGUGGUGGCUGGUGGAGCUGUGUGCCUCCUUCAGAGACCUGCUGGCCUUCUUCUGCUCCAAUGCCGCCAACCAUGGCAUGGUCUGCCUGGUCUGCUCCUGCUGGAGCCAUCUCAAGACUACCUCCUGGGGGCUGCUGCUUCUGGGCACCCUGGGGGUGCUCUGCUGGCAGCUUGGGCUCCUGCUGGAGCAGUACCCAGUCAUCAUGACAGUGUCCGUGCGCUCAGAACGCAAGCUCUUCUUCCCUCAGUCACCCUGUGACACCUUCUCCCUGAGCACACCGAGCCCUACUGCGUGCCAUCUGGAGGUGCUGGACACUUUUGCCCAGGAGAACAUCUGCUCCCUAUACAAGUACAACUUCACCCAGGGCAGCAAUGUCCCCCCUGCCAGUGUUUCUGGCCCCAAGCCCCCCAUCCAGCUCCAUGGGAUCCAUCUGCCAGUGGAUGAGGCACCUGAGUGGUACCGCUUCCACUACAUGGACGUCCUGGCCCUACUGCCCACUGCCUGGGAGGAUGGCCAGCACAGCAAUCGUGGCCACAUCAUCUUGUCUUGCCACUAUGACAGCAAGGACUGCCAGGUCUGGCACUUCCAGAUGUCCCACCACCCCACCAACGGCCGCUGCCACACCUUGAAGGGUGUGUGGGCCGCACGGCACCCAGGUAUCACCCACGGUAUCAGUCUGGUCCUCAGGACUGAGCUGCAGCAGUAUCUCACGCUGCUGUCCACCCAGGCUGGUAUCAAGGUCAUGGUUCAUGGGCACAACCACACGCUCUUAUUAGAGCACCAGGAUUUCAGUAUCUGGCCAGGGAUGGAGACCACAGUUGACAUCCAAGAGGCGGGCGUGCUUGGGGACCCUCUGGGCCCACCACCCUGGGGGCCUGGGGGGCAGGAGGGCGUGGCCAUGCCGCUACUGUACAACACCUCCUACACCAGGCUGGUGAUCCUGCCUUCCUUCCAGAAAGUGAUAGUGGAGACCUGCUCCUGCGCCUACCACCUCUACCCACUGCCUGCGGGAGCUCAGUCCUGCAGCCACGAAGCACCCAGUCUGGGUCACUGCUUCUACCACCUCCUCCAGGACCUGGAAACAUACUAGCUGUCACGCGCCUCCUGCUGUCCCAGGUCCUGCAGGGAGUCUUCAUACAAGCUCUCUGCGGGGACCUCUAGGUGGCCUUCAGCCAAUAGCAGUGUGGCCAAGGUGAAUAUCUUCUACCAGGAACUCAACUACCAAAUGGUGGGUGAGGCACCCGUGUACUCUAUUCCCCAGCUGCUCUCAGCCAUGGGCAGCCUCUGGAGCCUGUGGUUUGGCUCAUCAGUCCUCUCUGUUCUUGAACUGCUGGAGUUGCUGCUGGACACCAUGGCCCUAGCCUUCCUGCUGGGCCUCUAUCGGCUCUGCAGAGCAUGGGUGUCCCAGCCUGGCGCCAGCACUGCCUCGGGGCCAGCCCAUACCAGUACUGAAGCCCGGGGACUGCAGGCAUACCUGCAGAGUUCCAGAGGGAACAGCUGUGUUUCACUUUUACACAGUGUCCCAGGAGCACUGGAAGGAGUUUUGGCAGAAGAGAUAGGCUGA